CGUGACGUCAUCAUUCAGUGUUUUGGUUUAGGUGUCAUUCUGGCUUGCACCAACCAUUUUCGGGUAAUUUAGAAGUAUAUCGGACCAAUUACCGUGACUAUAUGAGCUGAUUGUACAUGUUCCAGACACAAUAACACAUUUAAAGGACUGUUCGAUGUGUUAUACAACCCAGUCACCGACGAUUAGAAGAUUUCAUCACAUGUUACACAGUUUCGUUUUAGCCUAGUUUUGAUGUGUUGUUCGGGUCAGUUUGACGUAGAUUUUACUAACAAUAGUUGACUAUUUGUUUGUAUUCAGAGAUCAAUCUAACAGAAUAAGGAUUCGGAUAUAGUGAUAUAAAAAUGGACUUGGGGGAUAGCCCUAUAACGUUAGUUAUCAAAGCACCAAACCAACGACUUGAAGAUCAGACGGUGGAAUGCAUGUUAGGAUGGACAGUAAGAAAGCUGAAGAAACACCUAGAAAAUGUUUAUCCCAGUAAACCAAAAGAAACUCAACAAAAGUUGAUAUAUUCAGGCAAGCUUCUGCCAGAUGAUGCCACAUUGAAAGAUGUUCUGAGACAGCCUCAGGGCUGUUCAUCCCAACAUACAGUCCAUUUGGUGUGUUCUACAGGCCUGGAUUUUAACGCUACAACAUUACUAGACAACAAGCCUAAUGGAAGAUCAUACCACAUGCCAGACCCAAGUUAUAACUUAACCACACAACCAAAUGUGAUACCUACGACAACAUCUAGUACUGAAGGUCUGCGUCACAGAAAUCACGGCAGCACAGAUACAACCACACCUGGAGCGUCACAAGGCGGAAUACCUCAGGCAAACUUGCAGAUGCCACAAAUGCCUCAGAUGCAGCAAAUGCCCCAAAUGAUGAUGCCUCCUGGUGCUGAAGCGUUUUAUACACCUGAGCAGAUGAUGAUGAUGCAGAACUAUUACUACCAGAUGGCAACUGCUCAGUACAUGCAGUACUACCAGACAGGUGUAAACCCUACACCUCCCAAUACACCUACAACACCAGUGGAGGAUGCAGCACCCAAUCAGAACGACCCUAACAACCAGGCCCCAGCCAAUGGGGGUGAGGGUAAUGGAAAUAACUUGGUGAUGAAUGCCCAGGGUGGGAUGAUGGCUGCAGAUGAUGAUGAUGAUGAUUUCGGACAACGGGAUUGGCUAGACUAUGUCCACACCUUCGCUCGCUUUGCUGUUCUAAUCAGCAUUGUCUACUUCUACUCAAACUUCACACGUUUCCUUAUUGUCUUUGCAUUCUUUUUCCUCAUCUAUUUAUAUCAGACUGGCUGGUUCCAGCUUGCAAGGAGAGUUCCAGAAAAUCGACAAGAAGCAAAUGUCCAACAACAAGAACAGCCCCCAACAGAACAUCAAGAGGAACAACAACAACAACAACAACAACAACAGGCAAAUCCGGAAACAGAUGAGUUACCUGCUGGGGAGGGUCAAACAGAAGAGGAGAGGCCCGCUCCCCCUGAACAACCACCUCCACAGGAAAGUGUCCUAGCUGUCAUCUGGUGCUUUAUAUCAACAUUCUUUACGUCCUUAAUACCACAGCAACCUCAAGCCGUCAACGCAAAUUAAUGCCAGCUAGUUCUUACUGUGCUGAAUUCAUUACAAACUACACUGUUUGUGUUACAUGUGGGAGCACCUUGUGGAAAUACAUUUGUUAAACUGAGUUUUUUAGCCAGUGUGAUUUUAAUUGUAAAGGGCAAUUAACAGAUGAAAAUGACAGGUAAUUGUUCUUGUCAAGUAAUAUUGCAUAUGUAACAAUCAGAAAAUACAUAUACAGGUGUAUGUAUUUUUUUCACACACACACACACACACACACACACACAAAAGAAACUACAACUUUAAAUGAAAUCCAAGAUAUACAGGUACAUUUGUGUAUUUUUUUAUCUAUCCUAACCAUCAUUAUAGAUUGGGUUAUGAGUUUUAUAUAUACACAUAAAAACUGAUUUUCAAAAAAAGAUCUGCUUAUUUUCAACUUGGAUGAUGUUAUAUCUUAGUCACCUUUAAUGAUUUCAUUUAAAAGUUGACAAUAUUGUCAUUUUCCCAAAGUUUCUUAUCAGAUGCUUAAACGCCCUUGACUUGCUUUAAUCUAUUUUACAUCUGAACAAGUAAACUUAUUUUUCAGAUUAUCUCUGAUUUAUGGCAUAGAAAAGGAGAUUUUAUACAAUCUGGAAAUUGUUGAUAUUGCUUACAUAUAUAUGUAUCAAAAUCUUCAACACUAAUGUACAUAAUUCUGAUAAUAUCCCAGUUUUACUGUCAGCAGAGCAGAGGUCAUCUUGGUUAACAUCUGUAGCAUCUUUUUUAUGUAUACACCUCUUACGUACAAUCAGGAAUGACACCAAUCGCUACUUCUAAUCGUCUAGUGGCAAUCAGGGGAAUAAUGUCCGGGUUUUACUUUAAAGACCGUCCGUUAGCUUCAAAUUUGUGUUUGGUUGAAUACUGAGGUUCAUUUUUAUGUAAAGUCUAUUUGUAGUAGCUGGUGGCUACCUCACUAGUUGAUAUGCAGGUUGCUCAUUGUAUGCUACUAGAGUUUUUUGGGGGUAAAGUACUAGCGUGCACAACAGCUCAGGAUGGUCAGUGACCCUAACUUUCUGAGAGACACAGACAGCUAUGGGUGAGAAUCAAGCCAAACAGCUUUGAUCUUCAUUUGAGUUUGUAUUUGUUACAUACUCUACUAACUGAAGCAUCACAGCAACUUCAUAUCUUUGGCUAGAAAUGAUAACAGGUACUGUACUGUACGUGUGGUUAUUUCAUCAGUUCAUAAGGUUAAAUUAGGCUAGAUCAACAAUCAGUCACCACACACAUACUUCAUACCACAUCAUACCUAAGUCCAAAACCCUUUUAUUCAAUUACCUAUAACACAUGCUUGUAAUAAUAUUAAUGAAGCCAACAGAAUAUGCUGCUUUUUUCUAAUCAUAGUACAUUGUCAUUUGAAUUGAUGAAUAAUGAUAAGCCAAAUUGUAUUAAUGACAUUGCCCAGGUACAUUUUGUGGUUGUAUGAAAGUACUCCUGUUUAUUGGUUUUGUUUUGUCUUCCAAGUAGUAAUGUUCCUUAUGUUCAUUGUUGUUAUAAUGUUAUUUUGAGUUUGUUGUUGUUUUAAUUAUUGUCAAAAAAAAUAUGUUUAGUUUCAUUUUUUAUUUGAAAGUCGUAACUUCCACUAUCAAUGAUACCGUUAGUUAUGAUUUGAAUAUGAAAAAAACUUGCAAGUAUGUGUCGGUUAGAGCACAAGUUGUGGUACUCCACACAUACCUUCAUAGUGUAAAGUUAUAUUCAGCAAAAUUUGCUAUGUUUUCAUUUUGCAAUACCACUAAAUUGACAAGUCAAUAUUUCCUCAAAAAUAGAUUUCAAAACAUUGUUUCGGGAGCUACAUAUUUUCAAACAAAACAAAAAAUUAAGAAUUUAUGUAUCACAAGUUGAUAUUUGUGUAAACAUAUAGACUAUUCGUAACUUAAGAUAUAGAAAAUUUCACACUAUAGUCUUCGGUGAUCAUAUAUUUUAUUAUGGUGUUUGAAAUUAAUAAGUAUAUUUUUGUUUUAUUGUUAUUACCGUAUAUGUUCAUUGUAAAAGUAUGUUUAUUUACUGUGACAACUCUAGUGAUAUAUAUACUGAUUUAUCUAUAUAUGUAGAGAGGAUGAGUGUUUUCAGUACUUUAUGUAUUGUGAACUGGUCAUCUGUACAAUAACAGUUGUAACCUGGUAUAUACAAUUGAUAACUUACAAUAUAAUGGCGCUAGUCCUUUCAACCUUUCAAUGUUUAUACAAAGUGUACAGAAAACCCAAAAAUAUCAAAUAUCAUUCAGAUACGAAUGAUUUCAAAUAACUAAACCCUAUAUAAUGAUUUUGACUGUUGUGAAGGAUGUUCUUCUGUUUUUUUUGUGAUUUAUAUAAAAGCUGGGGAGAGAGAGAGCUAUAUAAACUUGUUUAAAUGUACAUAUGGGUUGUUAUAAACCCAGAAAAUGUUGAGGUUAUAUUUUCAUCCCAUCAUAUAAUGACACAACUGAGUAAAGUUUGACUUAUGACUUCAAUGAAGAACCAUUAAUGCAUUUUAUCUCCUGACUUACCUCCCUUUAUGAACGAUCAGAUUCUGAUCACUGUCGUACAGAUCGAUAUGGUUAUCUAGGUUAAUUUUGCUCAUAUUUAAUUUAAUUAUUUGGAGGAUGUGUCUGAAGAUAAGGUUCAUUAUGCCCAUGUAGUCAGUGGUGUAUGAAAAUUGAAUAGCUUUAUUUUCAUUUAUUCAAUCAAGAGAAAAUUGUCUCGCUCUCACAGUGAGUGAGAGUGCUUCUUUGAGAUCAUGAUCUGGUGUGCAUGAUAAAAUUGGAUUAAAUUCAUGUGGAGAUACAAUCCAGUUUUUCCAAAACUUUGGUAUAUAAUCACCGAUGACUAGGGUAAUGGUAUGAUAUUAACUGUGUCACACUGAAGCUGUACAGUUUCACUGGGGAUGGUUCACUGUUAUUUCAUCGUUUUAAGUUACUAAUCACUAGUUUUCCAUUGGUCAUGUCAUUCUUCAGUAUAUGUGUUUAAGUUGUAGCUGUAUUCAUUGUGAUAAAUCUAUCCUUGUUUACACAGACACAAUAUAUUAAUCCAGAGAUGCUUGGGAGGAGGUAAGUCGUUUGGAGGGUUCAGAACAUCUCCAAGGAUAGUAUAAUUCCUUGUUUUUAUCGUUUCAUGUCCUGCUUUGUACAGUGCUUUCCAACGGCCAAAAUACAUCUACAGUCUGUUUGACGGUAUACUUUUACCAGAUUUUUAGAUUAUGAACAAAAUGGUAGAGUAUAAUAAUGUAUUGAAGAAUUAAAAUUCUGACAUUUUGUUCAUGAUCUCAAAAUUUUAGAAUCAUAAUUAAGUGAUAGACUGUGAUCAUUUUUGUGUGUUAUUACUAUGUAGAAAUCCAGUUGUGUGUUACCAUACAAUCGAAGUCUGUUUUCAACUCAGUGUUACCUUCCCCCAAAGAAUGGUGAUGGGCUAUAUGUAUUCAUGAUGUGUAAAUUUUCAACCCCUUACUCAUCAAGGGCUAAUGUAAAUCAAUCCAUUUGAAGUCUACAAACAUUCAUGAUAUUGCUUUAAACAUCUUUUUCAUAAAUAUGCGAAUUUACAAAAUUAAUGAGAAGUUGGUACUUGUGAUAUAUGUACCCUGUAAUAACCACAUGCCUGGUAAUAAGCCCACCCUGACCCAUGUCUGUUGCAGUUGAGUAAAAAUGACAACAAAUGCAUUUCCAUUGGCCAGCAAUAAGCCAACUACUUUGAGUCAAAGUUUAUAUGUAACAGGCUUAUAACAGGGUGAUAUGCUAUACUGUAUUGCUCCGAAUUAUUUCAAUAUGUACAACUAUUGAUUAUUGAGAUAGUUUAAUUAUACUUCUCCGUAUAGUUGACACAGAAAUAUGUAUGUUUGAGAAAUUUCAGUUAUUUACAAUAUUGUCUCUUUUCCCUAUUUUAUAUGGUUUAGUGAUGAAGCAGAUGUAAAAGAAUCUACAAUAAAUCAGGCCCUGGUUUCAUCAAUACUCCUUAUAAUCUUAGCAAAUUCCUAAACCUAAAAAUUUCCAUAGAAAAGUAUUAUAGAAUUUAGGGGGGAAAUCAUAGUUAAGAAACCUUACAUACAUUCUAUGGAAAAUUUUAGGUUGGGGAAUGUUGAUGACACUGGCCCCUGAAUUAUGUAUUGUUGAAAAUACAGGUCAUUUUCUUCAUAUUUUAUGCAAUAUAUAUAGAUUGUAUAUGUGAAAUGGCAGAUGGGUGGGGAAAAUGGGGAUAAAAUUUGUCUCGGGACUGAGUAUACAUUGGAACCUGUUUACCACUAAACCCUGAAUAAUCUGAAGUUCUUUUUUAAAAGUUCUGUAUAAAGUUGACAUUCCACUUCUCACUGUAGACAUUUCUAUAGCUGUAGAACCAAAAACCUGUCUAUUCUGACCAGAUAUAUUGAUACAAGUGAAUAUGAUUUGUGCAGGUGUUACUCUUCUUAAUUGAAUUAUAAAUUAAAUAUAUAAAAUUAAUGAAAAUAUUAUCUACAUGGGGAUUGUGGAUGUGAGAAAUAUACAGCCUCUUUUUCCCUGGUUUUUCCUCCCUCAUCUUCUGCUCUAGCACUUUACAGUAUGAUAAUUAUAAGGUAGAUGUGUUCAGUACAUAGGUGAUAUCUACCAGAUCAUGUUUGUAAAUCCACUUACAGAAAUCCAUAUGUGUACUUGUGCUAAGCACAAUGAGUUUGUCAUUGUUGACUCUAUAUAGACUGAUUAAAUCUAUAUUGGUAAAGAUUA